AUGGAGGCGCCCGGUAAAGUGCAAUCUAGGUUCAUCCCAGCAAGUACCGCACACACCGGGGGUACUUUAAGUGAGAAGAGUGUAGAAAAGAGACCCAUUCAAGUUGUUCCAUCACCUAAUGUUGAUAUUUCCCGUGCUCCAUUCCCUUCACGUCUUAAAAACCAAACAUAUUCCAAAGAGUACGGGAAAUUCUUAGAGAUUUUUAAGCAACUUAGGAUCAACCUUCUUUUCAUAGAAGCCCUUCAAUCAAUGCCGAAAUAUGCAAAAAUUUUAAAAGAUCUUCUAAAACGUAAGGAUAGGUUAGGAGAGGUUUCUAACAUCCCCCUUAGUAGAGGAUGCUCAGCCGUAGUCUUGAACAAGGUCCCGGAAAAGUUGAUGGAUCUGGGCCUUUUCACCAUCCCGUGCUUGUUUGGGAGUGAUACCGAGUGUAGGGCCCUAGCCGAUCUAGGAGCGAGUAUAAACCUGAUGCCAUAUUCCAAGUAUGAGAAGUUAGGUCUAGGAGAGUUAUCCCCUACAUGCAUGUCUUUGUCUCUAGCCGAUAGGUCGGUGAAGUAUCCAAGUGGCAUAAUUGAAAACCUUCUAGUCAAAGUGGAUAAAUUUGUCUUUCCCGUAGACUUUGUCGUUCUUGAUAUGGAAGCUGAUGAGAAGGUUCCUAUCAUUCUAGGACGCCCGUUCUUGUGUACCGCCAAGGCUAUCAUUGAUGUCUUUGACGGGAAAAUCACACUUCAAGUGGGUGAGGAGAGAGUUACUUUCGAGAUAGCACGCUCCAUAGAACAUCCUAGUGGUUCCGAUGACCUUAGUAGUCCUUGUCAUUCGGUCUAUUUCAUAGAGUCUUUCUUAUCUUGUGUCGACCAUUGCUUUAACUAUAUUAGUGGAGCCGAUCUAGUUGAGAGCAGGAUAUAUGAGGUAGUUGAGAAGGUAGAGGAGGUUGUGAGUGAGGGUGAGGAAGUAGAAGAGACAAGUGGGUCCCCAAAGUGCUAG